CAACAGGCCGUUCACGACACGAUGAAAGCACCAGAGAUUUUCCAGCACCAACAACACACAGACAGACAACAGCAGACAGCAGACAACACAACAAUGACUUCGACGCUGCCUGGUGAUGGUGGUCGUGGUGGGGGAGGUGGUGGUCGCCGUCGCUCGGCCAACCCGUUCCAGGAUGAUGCGGAUGACGACAACACGUCCUCCCCGCUCUCGGCGACCUUGGAGUCCCAGCCGUCGCCGUUUUUCCCAGAUUCAACCUCCUCCUCGACAUCCUCACUGCCAAAGAACGGCAGCAGCGCCGUCAGCCCCGGGCCUGGGUCGCAGCAGGGGACCAAGGGCAUGCGCAAGCUUCCAUCAAACCCCUUCUUCGACGUGGUCAUGCCAGACAUGAUGGAGGAUGCCGAAGAAGACAGGCACAACGAGGAGCUGGAGCGCCUGCAGCUGGAGAUAGCGGCGGCGCAGCAGCGGGAGGAAGAUGCCCGCGCAGACUCAACGCGCCUUCAGAAAACACUCAACGAUGCAAAUACAGAGCUCACCUCCCUCAAGCAGCAGUUGGCAGACCUCACCGCCAAACAACAGGACUGGCAGCAGCAACAACAGCGGCGCGGUGAUGACGACGCCGGGAAAGUACCUGCCGAGGAGCUGGAAUCAGUGCAAUCGCAGCUGGCGGCGGCGCAACAAGAGGCAGAGGCAGCAAAGGCAGCAAGCGCAGCGCUGCAGGAUGAAGUGGCGCGCUUGAAGCAGGAAUUGGACGCGCGGGCCACAUCGCCAACAGAGCCAGAAACAGCAGCGACACCGCGCACGCCAUCUGCAAAGGGGAGCAAGUCAGCAGCAACAAAGCCUACAGCAUCGGCGUCAUCAGCGUCGAAGGGGACGCCUGGUGGCGGCAAGCGGUCGCCAAAGACAACGCGAAAGCUGCAGAAGUUGGAGCUUGAGCUGACAGAGGCGAAGCUGGAGGUUGCAAAGUACAAGAAGAUGGCACUGUCGGCGAAGAAGGGGCGUGUUGAGGCGCAAGCGGAGGUGAAGCGACUACAGCGGCGGCUGGAUAAGGGUGCGGUAGGCACGCCAUCCAAGGCCGGUGCAAAGGCGAAGACGAAGGCGCACAGGGGAGACGACGCCGAGGAUGCAGCAAAGGUGGAGCGAGAGAAGUACGCUGCGCAGAUUGAAGAGCUGAAAGCGUGCUUGCAGGCAGAGACGGAUGCGAAGGAGCGCGCGUUGGCGGAUGUGGAGCGACUGGAGAAGGAGGUGGCAGCUGAGCGGGCUGCUGCUGCUUCUGACCGGCGCCGGUUGCAGGAAGCAGAGGGCCAGCUGGCCAAAGCCCAGGCUGAGGCUGACAGCGCAAGGGAGCACGCGACAGCACAAAAGGCACAGCACGAUGAGAAGCGAGACGAGCUCGAGCGGGAACUGAAAGAUCUGCGCAUCAAACUCACCACCGUCGACGCAAAGCUGCACGCGGCUGCCGAAGCAAACGCAGACACCACCGCCACCGCACCAGCCGCCAAGACGGCCUCCUCUUCGUCCUCGACUGCGCCAUCAGAGUCGCCGGUUGAGACACCUGUGCUUCGCAGGACAAAAUCUGUGCAGCGCACACCGCGCCCGCGCCCAGUCAGUGAGCUGCCGGUGUCGUCGUCGCCGGAGAGAAACGUCCGCCCCUCUGAUUUCUUCAAGCGCCGCUCAAUCUUCAUGCAGGAGGAGAGUGGUGAGUCGCGGGCUGACACACGCACGCGCGUACCGUCUGUUCCCGGGCGGCCGCGAGUCAAGCAAUUCCAAUUUGAUGCCGGCUCCUCCUCAACGGACGCGGACGAGCACGCGGCAACGACAUCGACGACGACGACGACGACCAAUACAGCCAGCACCACCGCUGCCACGUCUGUUGGCUCACCAGCGCGAAGCGCAACGCAAUCACCCGCCGCAAGCACACCGUCGCAAAACACGAGUUCAGCGGCACCACCACCAACGACGACGACAGCAGCAGCAGCACCGCCGGAGACGCCAGUCACCAACGUGCGCCCGUCACAGCUGCGCGCCGCUGUUGCUGCUGCCAAUGCCCGCACGCCCGUGUCUGAGCGCGGCCGCUCGCUGUCCAUGCCAGCGUCGCGUCGGAAGAACAAAGGCUGGAAGCCGCCGACAAUCGAGAAGUGUGGCGUCUGCAACCAAGCGGUGUAUGCGAUGGAGCGACUUGAGGCUGACAAGAUUGUGUAUCACAAGAAGUGCUUUCGCUGUGCUGAAUGCAACAAGGCCGUCAGCCUGGGAAGCUUUGCUGCCCUUCACGGCAAGGUGUACUGCAAACCGCAUUUUAAGCAACUCUUCAAGCUCAAGGGCAACUACGACGAAGAUUCAAGACCAGAACGAUACAGCGAGGUCCGACUGGACGCAGCGGAUCGCGAGAGGAACAAGGAUCUGGCCACGCUCUACGAGAUCUUGGUGACAUUGGAUCACCUUGAGAACGCCGUUGCACGGGAUACAGUCGACCCACGCGAAUACCGCGCAGAGUGUCGCCGGCUUCUCGCUCGUUUGAAGCUGAUUCAAACGAAAUGCCACGAAGACGAUCUUAAGAGCUUUGCUGAGCGCUACUGGUUGCGUUGCGAUCUCGCCCUGGCGCGGAUUGCAAACGGGCAGCCGGCCGGCGUAAAGGAAGGCGAACAGGAAACAUCUGUCCACACCAUCAUGCUCGUCACACAGUCGUUCCUGACAAUUGCAGACUGCAUCUCUCUGGGGCGAGCGAGCGUGGAUGUGCUUCGGCCUGAGUUGACGUCGCUGCUGCGCGAUCUGCACAAGAUGGGGACGUACAAACUGCCGCAGAAGAACCUCGUCACACUGCAAGGAUGGCUGACGAAGCUGGAGGGAAUGAGCGCAACAGACGAGCUGUCAGAGGAGGAGCAGUCGCAGUUGAGUUUGGACAUUUCUGAAGCGGAGGCGGAGCUGGAGUACAUUCUCAAGACAAGAUCAAUGGCCGCAUCGUGAUGAACUAGCAAACGCACACACGCACACACGCACACACAGACACAGACACACACACACAUACACACACAUACACACACACAACACAUAUGCGUGCGCACACCAUACACUAACGUUUUGCUUCUGCGCGUCUGUUACCCGCCGCUCGCUUUUCUUCUGCUGUGCACAUGCACACAUGUGACGACUGAUUGCCUUGUUCUGCUCCAAUUGUAAUUCACGAUGCGAUGAUGAAAGAGAAUGAUUGAGAAUAAACCCGCCAAGGACA